GUAAAUGGGGUUAGUCUUCGGCGCAGAUCAGCUGUUAUCACCUCGUCACGGUUUUACUCUUUCAGGACCUUUGGAGCAGGUUAGAGCCAUUUUGCAUGGAGGAAAGCGGUCCACGGAGCCGAACAAAGCCGGACCGAGCAGGGACAGCCCGGGAGAGGGGCGUGCAGACGGACAGUAGAGGACAAGGACAGGCUCCUCGUCUGUCCAAAGGAAACCUCUUCACUCUGCUCAGUUUGUGGAUGGAGAUUUUCCCUCAGGAUCAAACAGAGGGCGACCAGCAGCACCGAGGGGAACAGAUAAACCCAGUGGGCCUGGUCGUGGUGAAGGAUGGUAAAGUCUUGGGUCUGCACUCUUCAGGAUCAGAGCUUCACGCCGGACAAGCCGCCAUUUUAGAGCACAGAGCCAAGCUAUCACAUAGCAGUUUGUACUUCUCUAGACGGCCCUGUGCCACCUGCCUCAAGAUGAUCAUCAAUGCUGGUGUCAGUCAGAUCUGCUUUUGGCCCAGCGAUCCUGAGGUGUCCAUGUUGAGAGGACAGACUUCAGAAAACUACACUUCCCAUGAUCCUUCAGUGCUCAGUAUCUCAGAGGAGGCAGCUUUAGACGCAUUAGCUUCAGAUAAACUCAAAUCCAACAGUCGAGCUCAUAUCUGUGUCCCGCUACAGCCGCUAAUGCCUGGGCUAGCUCAGUUUGUGACCGAAACCUCCAGAAAUGGUGAUUUUAUGGAGAAAGUCGCAGAAGAUGAUCCCGAAGUGGACCUAGAGCACCUUUAUAACAGAGAGCAAUUGCGUGCCCUGGCCUCCCUCUCCUCUCGGUUCUUGGUUAGUUCUUCAGAGCAGCACCAGCAGGUCUUGUCCCGCAUGAACUUGGAGAACUUCUGUGUGGAGCCGUAUUUCUGUGGCCUAAGACACAACAUGGAGCAGCUGGUUCAGGUGCUGUCUGCGGUGGUGGCCGGGGUCCCAGGCUACAGUAACUACGGGUUCUACAGGCCAAGUUCAGACACCUCUGCUCCUCCUCAGUCUGGUCCAGGUCAUGGUCCAGAUCCUGGUCCGGUCUCUGCAGAGGUGGCGGUUCACUGCAUGGUCCAGGCUCGGCUCCUUUCCUACAGAACAGAGGACCCUAAAGUGGGCGUAGGAGCUGUCAUCUGGGCCAAAAGAAGCCAGUCUGGCUGUGGUCCUGCUCAGAUGGGGGGUCUGUACCUUGUAGGUUGCGGGUUCAAUGCCUACCCCUCAGGUUCUCACUUCAAUGAGUUUCCUCAGAUGGACGACAAACAGGAGGACAGACAGAGGAGAAAGUACAGAUAUAUAAUACACGCCGAGCAGAACGCACUCACAUUCAGGACUGGUGAGAUGCGUUCUUGUGAUGCUUCUCUUCUGUUUGUGACCAAAUGUCCCUGUGACGAGUGCGUUCCUCUGAUCCGAGCUGCCGGAGUCUCUCACAUCUACAGCUCAGAUCUUGACCAAGGACGAGAUAAAGGAGAUAUCUCAUACAGGAGGUUCAAACAUCUGCAGAACAUCCACAAGUACUGCUGGCAGAGGAGGCCAGAUCCUUAUUCGCCUCACCACUUCAACGGGUAUUUGGGAAAACGCAGUCGACAGAUGGAGCCGGAUCUCCGAAACUCUAAGAAACUUAGCACUCAUCGAACUCAAGAUUCCAAUGGAGAAUAAUCAUCAAAAAUAUGGACAAAAAUGUUAAAAAAAAUACCCAACAUUUUCUGCCAAAGCUGUGACAAUAUAUCAUGUGACAGUUUUUACCGGAUUUCUUACAAAUCUUGGUCUAGAGCUUUAUCAUUUGCAAAUUUUGUUUUGAAGGCAUUAUAGAGGUUGAUAUAGAUCACAACAUUCUGAAUUUUUAGAGUUAGUGGCAACAUUAUGAGUUGGCACUAAGGACAUUUUCUCCUGCAAAAGAGCUCAUCUAUAAUCUGACAGAGCUGCUACAGUUUAAUAACAAAUAUAAAAGUCUACAGCUCUGAUCAAUAAUUAUUUUGUACCUGACUCUAAAACAAGAUUUAUCACUGAUACAGACUCUGGAUCAGACACAGAUCAGCUGAACCUUCCUCUCCUAAAAGAACAUGUUUCUGACUCUGUGUGGAGGAGAUUUAUUAUUGUGGGGCAGAAGUGUCCUUUAUCUCCCUCUGUUGUUUGCAAGCAGUCACAGUAACAAUGACUACUACUACUUUCACUACUUUCUGUUUCCAUUUUGCCAGAUAAAGGUUAUAUAUUUAAAAUGGCUCCAUGGACAAGAAUGAGGGAAGAAAACGGAAAGUAACAUAUUUUGUCUGUUGUGCUGCCCAUAGUUCUGUCAGUGCCACUCAGAGAAUGAUCAGGGGCAUUGCUCAAACAGACAAAAUUUGUUUCUUUGCUUUUUUCUGCCUAGUUUUUGUUUGUCUUUCGUCCCACAAUAAUUAUUUCCUCAACACAUAGACUCAAACAUGUCACUUAAGGAGAGAAAGGUUCAUUUCAACUGUGCCAAAAGUCUGUAAAUGUGAGUGUGUCUGCAGUGUCCCUGUGGUUUCAUUCUUCACUGGUUUUCUACUGUUGACUUGAUUUUUUGUUUUGUUUUACAGUCGGAUACAAACUAAAUAUUUAGCAGAGAUGUAGACUUUUAUAUUUGUUAUUAAACUGUAGCAGCUCUGUCACAUUUUCAAUUUAGCAUUUGGAGCUUUUACAGGAGGAAAAUAUCAUUACUCACCAUUAACAUUCAUAUAAAGUUGACACUCGCUAAUAAAGUUCCAAAGGUUGUGACAUCAUCUGCAUAACCUCUGGACUGUGGAAUUAAACAAAACUUAAAUUGUGAAAGUUUUAUCAAAAUAUUUUUGUGAAGUGGAGUUUUUAAGACACAGAACUGAAAAUUACCAGAUAUGUAGCAGAGAAGUUCAACCAAUGACCUCAUGAGAGAGACUUUAGAUUUUCAGUUGUUUUAACUGACGAUAAUAUCAGCUUUUAAACUAAAACUAAAAGGGAAGAGGUUUUUUUUGUUUUUUUUAUCCACAGAAAUGUUCAAAUACUGCUUUUUGAUUGCUUCACAAUGAUUCCCAGCUGAAGGCUUGUUGUGGCCAGUACUUUAAAAAGAUUAAAAACUACAUUAGAUGCCCUCCCACUGGGCUGCAAGAUUUAUCACUUACUUGCAAAUCACAAAGAUUGCAAUGAUUUAGGUAACUACUGCAAAAACAACAAAAUACCUGUGCUGCAUAUUUAUCAGAGUUUUACAUCAGUGAAGUGGCAGAUUAUGGACAAAUGUUGAGAAGAAAAUUACAAAAAUACAGGAAAUAGCACUGAGUUAUAAACCGGAAUUCCUCUAUUCAUGUCAUCAGCACCAAAAACUCAAAAUACAGAGACAAAUUCUGCACAAGGAAGGCAUUUUUCUGACAAUUUAAACCUUCAUUUAAAAAAAAUAAAGGUGUUUAUAAUUUAUUUAUUAUUAUUUAUUAUAACUAUUGUGCAAUUUAGACAAGUUUACGCCCAUGUUUACAUUAUGGUUGCUAGGUAAUUAGGCCAGUCAUGAUAACAAAUUUUGAAGUUAUCCGUGUAUGUUGAAGUGUGAUAUAUUGCUGAACUGAACAUAGACGAUAAACAAUAAUAUUGAAACCAAACCAUAAAGCAGAAUUAUCACAGCAAAAGUGUUCUAAAUGUACAAUAUUGUUAAAAAUAUGAGCUGCCAUAAUUACAUAACAGAACACUGAAGUAGCUUGUUUGUAUAUAUAAUGAGUCAUAGAAGUUAUUUAAUUCUCUACAGCUCAAAUCUUAUAGUACAAAAAAUAUAUCAAAAUAUUUCCAUUAGUGCAAGGAAAAGUGCCCAUGAUAAAUGUUGAACCACAAAAAGUAUUGUUCAGUCUGUCAUGUACUGAAUGAUAAGUCAAUACAGUAACUAUAGUGACAGGCCUAUAGGUAACAGUUAUGGACUGACCUCUACAUCAUCUGCUGCCCCUGUCCAACCAGGAAGUAACAUAAUAAACUACACCUACAUUUUAAAAGAUUAGUGCUGAUAGUCAGUCAUAGCAACAGAAGCUAACAGGGCAACUAAAGCUGCGUGAACAGGCCUAAAAUCUUAUAUUUUUGAAUGUUUUAUUAUUUAUUUUAUGGUGCAAGUUGAGAUAAUGCUAGUAGGUGACAAAUUUGCGUUUUGCUAACGUGAACUACCCCAUAACAUUACCUAACCUUAACAAACCCUAGAAAUAAUAACAGCUGUAACUGAACAAAUGCAUGUCAGACAAUUUGGAACAUUCUAGGCAAAGCAAGAACAUCUCCAUGGAGACAAGCAAAGGGCCUGUGUUUCAUGUGGCAGGCAUAACUUGAAAAGAAAGCAGAAAAGUCAAAAUGAAAGUAACAAUUUGAAACUUAAAAUUGGGUGCAUGCAUAAGUCAUCUGUCUUUUCUAAAAAUGAAAAAAAUAUAUGUGGCAUCAAAUUUUGAAUGUUGUUCAUUCACUGGACUUAUUUGGAUCAUUCCAAAUUGUCUUUACUUAGAUACUUCUCUUAUUGAAUCCAGCAGCUAUUGUUAGCUUGAUUUAAACUGCUUCUCUCCUCAGCGCACUAAGGGGGUGACACUGACAAGUUUAGUCCUGGUUUAAACCUUUAGUACUUGUUUAAUUCUGGUUUACUGCAUGGAGAUGCAAUAGUUUGGAGACAAGUCCGAAUUCUUAGGUGGAGUUUCUGUGUAACUGUCAGAUUCAGAUGUGUUGACCUGGUUUAUGGUGAAUAUCUCUGUAAUUACUGGGUUGAAAUGAAAUAAAAACUGGCACA